AAAAGCGCAUUUCUUUCUCGUAUAUAUACACAGAGAGAGAGACAGAGAGAGAGAGAGAGAGAGAGAGGAGAGAGAUAGGGUUUGAGUUCGAUUGAGAAAAUUCUGAAACAAUGGCUGGUGGAAUCGCAUCGAGGUCGGGAGGCAUCUUGAAGUUUCUUAAUCCUAAACUUCGGCUCCAGCCUUCCGAUAUCCAGUCUGCCGCCCUGUGGGGUGUCGCCGGCGCCACCUCUGCUCUUUGGCUUGUCCAGCCUUUCAACUGGUUGAAGAAGACAUUUCUAGAGAAACCUGAACCUGAAGCGCAGUGAUUUUGGUGCAGAAUCUUACUGGAACUUUGUAUGGCAAUUCUUCUGAGUUUGGCGAGCAAACGGGGUAGAUUCCGUAUGAAUAAUGUUUUAGUUUCUGUUGCUUGUUUGUAGCUUUCUCUGGGGGCCUGCAGCACAGUAACUUGUUUAUGACGAUUUUCUUUCACAUAAUUUCAUGAAGUUCUGUUGACAGACAUGUAUGAGCUGGGCCAUUAUCUUUCCCAUUGGUGGUCUUUAUUAUUUGUUGACUUCUUUUUGUUGUGAAACCCAAGUCUGAACUGGAUGGUUGAGUCCAGGCACUCCCUUGUUUACCAUUGAACAUUUUUUUUUGUUCUUUAUUUUCUUUGGUCAAGACCAUAGCACAUUUUUCCAACUCAACAUCAAUUCAUUCAGAACAAACUUAAGGCUGAAAAGAUGAUUCACUCGGGCCCUCACUCCUAACUGUUCCUUAGUAGAACUGCAUAAUUGUUGACUGAGAAAUAAUCAGAUUCUGGCGCAGAAUUUAUCAAUAUGUACCCAUCUCCUUUCUGGUAAAACAUCAGAGUUGUUUCCACCAGAGCCAUGGAAGAAACCAAAAUCAGCUGCUUGCUACGAUGACCCCAACCUAAUCAAGAGUAGAGGGCAGUUCCAACUCAAACAAGACCACCUGUUCUUUAUUUUUUUUUUUUAAGGAGUUCUGAUUCUCAUAAGGACAAUAGGGGUGAAUUGGAUAUGGUUUGAAUGGAACAGGGAUUUUUCAGCUCUAGGAGUGUAGAGAAAAUUAUAAAAGUUAAUUGGGGGGAGGGGGGACGGUGAUCAAGGGAGUUUCAUUUCUUGCCAAAAGAACUAGUCAUUUGCCAAGUUGGUAGAAAUUGGGGGAGAAAUGGGGGGGAGAUGAUCCGAAUAAACCUGGAUUCCAAUUCCACAUGUUAGUCGGCUAUAAAUAAUUUUGAGUCAUGAAUUCUAUCGUAUAAAAAGAAGGGGAGGACAAAUUUAUGACGAUACGUUAAAAUCUAUUUUAUAAUAAAAAUAGUUUUACGAUUUUAUAUAUUAUAUCACUUUACAUCAUUUCUAAGUUUAUUUUUAUGAAAUAUUUUUAUAACUAAACCAUUUCUUAUCAUAUAAUUCUAUUUUCAUAUUGUCUCACCACAAUGGGUGUGACACACUACCAACCUUUGAAUCCGUACAGAUCUUCUCAUUUCAUAGAGAGAGACCUAUACCAAGAAGGGAAAAACGACAAGAUGAAAACGUGAAUCCAAUUGAGUCUCCCAUUGGACGGUGUAAAGCCUUGUUUGACGCACCACGUCCCAAAGAGGAGCUCCUAGCUCUUGCAAUUAAUAAUUUAAUACCUUCCAUUCACCUAUCAUAGGAGAAAGAAAAAGAAACCCGAAAAAAGAUGAGCGAAACAGCGACUAAUCGGGGGCUGCACUUCGUUUUAGUGCACGGUCUAGGCCAUGGAGCCUGGUGCUGGUACAAGGUCCGGUCUCUCAUGGAGACAUCCGGCAACCGGGUUACUUGCCUCGAUCUUAAAGGCGCCGGUAUUCAUCCUUCUCAUUCCAAUACUGUUCUCACUUUGCACGACUAUGAUCAGCCACUUGCUGAUUUUUUAUCCAAAUUGCCCCAAGAUGAAAAGGUGAUAUUGGUGGGACAUAGUUCGGGAGGUUUGAGCCUGACGGACGCAAUUCACAGGUUCGCUCCCAAAAUUCACAUGGCCAUCUACGUCGCAGCCUGCAUGUUACAGCAUGGUCUCUCUACGGAUCAAGAUAUCAAAGAUGGUCGUCCAGAUUUACCAAAUUAUGUUUAUGAGAAAGAAUAUAAGUUGGGCACCAAUCAGCCUCCGACCGGUAUCAUAAUGAAGGUGCAAUUUCAACGCCAACUUUUGUAUAAUCUGAGCCCUAAAGAGGACGCCAUUUUAGCAUCAAUGCUGCUGCGGCCGGGACCAAUGCGAGCGGUAGGAGGAGCUCGUUUUGCAGGUGGACCAGAUGUUGAUGGAGUGCCGCGCGUAUACAUCAAGACAAUGCAGGAUCGAGUUCUGAAGCCAGAGCAACAAGAUGCUAUGAUCAAAAGAUGGCCUCCGUCCAAAGUCUUCGCUUUGGAGAGUGAUCAUAGCCCCUUUUUCUCCACUCCCUCAGAGCUCGUUGCCUUUCUACUUGAAGCAACAGCUGCCAUCAAAUGCACUUUGGAUUGUGUUUAGCAGAGGGUGCUGCUCUCUUGCAUAUUUCGUAAUCAAAAGAUAAUCAAACAUCAUUCAAAACGACUUGUUCCUUGUCAUUCCCCAAAAGUACUUCGAAAGUACCCCGCGCAUCUGCAUGGAAUGGAAAACCAACUCAUUUUCCCCCAAGUUCUCAAACCAAAGGAAUUCUUUUUUCUUUAUUUUUCUUUUUGGCAGGAUGAUCCCUUCAGGCCCCAAAUACAUAGGUUGGUUUUCUUAUUUGAACUUCACCGCAUCCGGUUUAAAGAAUAAAAUUUGUGCUCAACCAUCAACCAUGAACUAUUCUUUACAAUGAAAUGAGGUGAGAGAAAGAGAGAGAGAGAGAGAGAGAGAGAGAGAGAGAGAGAGUUUAGUUUGUUUUUUAAAUGUAUUUUUCCCAUUUAUUCUUUACUUGUAUAUAAACGAUAAAUCUAUUCAUUAAUAAUACACUGAAGGAAUAUCUUUAUUCA